GGUGCUAAUGCUGUAGCAGAUAGGAGUCGAACCUGUUUCCUUACAGUUUAUGGUCAACAAGGUUGGAGUUUUUUAAAAAAAAGACAAUAGUUGGAGACUCAGUUUGUGUGCAGACAAUGAUCUUGUUCACCAAAUGUUUGGAUAGAAAAAAAUAGACCAAGAGCACAGAAUGGAACAAACUAUUGAUGGGCGGACAGCAGCACAUCCUGGAACUUCCAAGGCGACAUAUCCUGUGAAUGGAAACAAAACCUGUUCCAGUUGAACAACAAUGGGAUAUAAAGAUUAUAUUUCUUAAGCGUGCCACUGACAUUGAAAAUAAAUUAUAAAAAUGAGACACUUAGAGCCCUCUCAAAUGUCUGUGAAUGCUGAGAAGCAGAGAGCCAGUGGAUUACCUGAGGCACUGUGCUGAAAGCACCAGCCUGCACAGCAAUUUGAUUAUUGUGGAAUGUCUGAAAGCACCAAGUCGGCUGCUAGUGAGGCUCCAGGUCUGACUGUAGAUUUCAAUACAGAUGCAGCUGAAAUGCCCUCGCAGGAUACUGAGUCUGACCCAGAGGAAUCCGAAAUGGCAGAAGGUUCGGCCAGAAAUUCUGCAGCUGAAAUUCCAGUGACCAGUAAUGGAGAAGUCAACGAUUCACAGGGAGAUCGUUUUAAUCAGGACUUGAAGCACAUGAUGACUGGCAGUUCAGGCCUAAAAGAAACCAGAAUCGUUUCUAACAGUUGUGACGGCCCUAUGGAGGGAAUAAUUGAAGCAGAGCCGUAUAGAGGUUCUUCUUCCCCACCCACGAGUCCAGUUGUAUUCCCAAGCAGUAAAGCUGCUAGCAGAUUGGCUGAACAAGGACAGGAUGUUUUCGUUCCUGCAGCAGGUAACCUGAAGAGUACUCAGAGUGGACCAGUUGUUAUUGCUGAUGAUCUUUCUAAGAAUGUUGCUCUUGAAAAAUUUGAACAGAUGAAAAAAUGGAGCAUAAGCACUUACAAGUGCACGCGCCAGAUUCUUUCUGAGAAGUUGGGACGUGGCUCAAAGACUGUGGAUCUAGAGCUCGAAGCACAAAUAGAAUUAUUGAGAGAUACCAAGAAAAGAUAUGAAAAUCUCCUGCGACUGGCUCGGAUUCUGUCAACACAAUUCUACCAAGUAGUACAGACGCAGCGACAAAUUGGAGAUGCUUUUGGAGAGCUCAGUGUGAAGUCCCUAGAACUCCAUGAAGAGUUUGCAUACAAUGCUGAAACUCAGAAAUUGCUGUCUAAAAAUGGAGAGACACUUCUUGGAGCAAUUAAUUUUUUCAUUGCUAAUGUGAAUACAUUGGUAAACAAAACUAUUGAAGAUACAUUGAUAUCGGUCAAACAAUAUGAAAAUGCCAGGAUAGAGUAUGAUGCUUAUCGUACCGAUCUAGAGGAGCUAAACCUUGGUCCUCGGGAUGCCAAUACACUUCCAAAAAUUGAACAUUCACAGCAGCAAUUCCAGAGCCACAAAGUGCAGUUUGACAAGCUACGCAGCAGCGUAUCUGUCAAGCUGAAAUUUCUGGAAGAAAACAAGAUUAAAGUGAUGCACAAUCAGCUCCUCCUCUUCCACAAUGCCGUGUCUGCCUACUUUGCUGGGAACCAACAGCAGCUGGAACAAGUCCUCAAACAAUUCCACAUUAAGUUGAAGGCACCUGGCUCCGAUGGUCCCUCUUGGCUAGAGGAACAAUAACUCCCAAAACCUAAAGAAAUCAUUGAGAAAGUUCUGAGAUGUGGUUUGAUUUUUGUUUGGAGGGGGGUAAGGGAUCAGUAAAUAUGAUUGCGGUCCAUGAUGUAGCUAUUUCGCUCUUUUGCUAGACAUUAAUCUGAAAAUCUAGAUUGAAUAGGGUCAUUUUAUGUAAUGGAAUCAAUCCUCUUUAUAAGACCAGGACCUAAGUGAAAAACGAUUCAUUUUUGUACAAAGGUGAUGGGGGGAUAGUUUGGAUACAUCGAAGUUCAGUUUUGCACUGAGCAGUUACUGUUACUCGGUUGGGUACCUUUUUGUCACUACAAUGUAAUAAUUUGUUUGAAAACAUGAUUGAUGAUUUUUGUAUAAAACUUGUUUUACAAAUGGGGCACCUGCGUUCACAAAGUAAGUGGACCUUUAAGCAAAUGUGAUGGCUUUGCAAAGCAAUACAAUAGCACCCAAAUGAAGCGUGUUUGCUGAUCUAAGUGGCUGCUAUUAAUUUGAAUUAUCACUCCAAAUUGCAGCAAAUACUGUACUUUAUUUCUAGGAAGACUGUUGAUCAAUUUGUCGAUUGUGUCAAAUAAGAUUCUGGGGUGGAGGAAAAUGCAAGAUUAUUACAAAGGGAUUUAGCAAUGAUGUGUUAAGAUUUGCAAACAUUAUGGAAACAGAAUAAUAUUGUCCCAGUAUAUUAACUCGCAAGAAUGGCUUGCUUUUCUUUUGAUAUCAUUGCUAUUUUCUCAUAGGUGACAUUAAAUAAUAAAGCCACGUGACAGCCUUAUCUCUACAGACUGUGCCUUUAAUAAUCUGUUCUCCCACUUCAUGUCAGCUAUUUCUGAAGUUACUGAAAGUUUUACUGUCAGCUAUAUCUCCCACUACUUCUUCAAGAUGGGGGAAAAAAGGACGCAAGUUUGCGUUAAUAUUUCUUUCAUACAUUUCUGUUAUGGGAUUUUGUUAAUUGUAUACGGCUUUAGUGUUUUAAUUUGGUCAUGCUCACUUUUCUUGCUGAUAAUGUAUUGUCAUGCAGUGAUUUUCUUUCCAUAAAAUGUAAACGUGCUUUGAAAUCAAUGCUCCUAUACAUGUAUGUGAUGUUUGGAUUGCUGUUCUGUUUAAGCUUUGUGGCAAUUCCUUCUGCAUCCUGUAUAUCAAACUAUAUUUAAAAUUAAAUUAACCUUGUAUUUUAAUGUAAAA